CUGUAUAAUAAAGGAGCGAGUCACACAUUUGGAAGGUCAUCCACGGAAGGAGACAGACUUGUGUCUGCACUGAGGGGAUGUUGUUAAACUGAAGAAGUUUAAAUAGUUUCAUAGACUUUCCUUUGUCCAUGAACGAAGCUGUAAAACCUUCCAGUCCGUCACAAUGUGGAAACCCGCCGGUGGAUCAAAAAGCACCUUCAGCUCAGCAGCAGCACCCCGCGCUGCUGCCGCCGCGGUCACCUGUCUGCUCGCGACCGGGAUGCUGGUCGUCACACUCGGAAACCCGAGCAGCGGAGACCCGGUGGAGCCUUUAGCUGCAGCGACGAGCGGAAAAGUUUUCUCGGCGUAUUUCAGGAAACUGACCCGUGAGAGGAGAGCGAUAAGCGGCCCCCCGCAGAGAAGCGCUCCCCCCGGGCCGGUGGAGCAUCUCUCCCCGGCCGAUCUGUUCAUAGCGGUGAAAACCACCGGGAGAUAUCACCGGCAGAGACUGGACCUCCUGCUGGACACCUGGAUCUCCAGAAACAUGCAACAGACGUACGUGUUCACUGAUGGAGUGGACGAGAAGCUGAGGACAAGGAUGGGAGCUCACCUGAUCAACACCAACUGCUCAGCGGCCCACAGUCGUCAGGCCCUCUCCUGUAAAAUGGCUCUGGAAUAUGACACUUUUAUUAAAUCUGGCAAGAAGUGGUUCUGUCACGUUGAUGAUGAUAACUACCUGAACAUCGGCUCCCUUCUGAAACUCUUGUCUCAGUACAGUCACACACAGGACGUUUACAUCGGCCGGCCCAGCCUCGAACGACCAAUAGAGGCCACGGAGAGGCUCGGCACCACCGAAAUGAAGCAAGUGCGCUUCUGGUUUGCGACAGGAGGAGCAGGAUUCUGUCUGAGCCAUGGCCUCGCUCUCAAGAUGAAACCCUGGGCGAGUGAUGGCACUUUCAUGACGACAGCUGAGCACAUUCGCCUCCCGGAUGACUGCACUGUCGGUUACAUCGUGGAAGCACUGCUUGGCAUGAGCCUCAUCCGCUCAGCGUUGUUCCACUCCCACCUAGAGAACCUGGGACUCGUGUCAGACAUAUACAGCCAGCUUGUGUUUUUGUUGUCCCCUCCUGUAGGUAACUCUCAGCUACGGCACAGUGGAAAACAGCAGAAACACUGUCAACCUGAAAGGACCAUUUUCAAUAAAUGAAGAUCCUACCAGGUUCAGGUCGAUCCAUUGUCUGCUGUACCCAGACACUCCUUGGUGCCCCAGCCCCCGGCGACUUUAACACCCAUCCAGAGACACAGACUGACUGAAUAAGUAAAUGUCUGCCUACACUCAGUUUUGUCUGAUGGAGGAGGAAAUCAUUACAGCCAUCCAGGAAUAACAAGAGGGAGUCUCACUGCUGCCCACCUCCCGAGUGCUGAAGAAUCUCGGAAACAUUUGGACAUAAACGUUUUCCUCAUGUCCCACAGCAGUCUGAGUAGUAGACUGACUUUUUAGGAAGGACAACUUUUUUUUAUUAGUUUGACACCUGAACUCUGUUGGGUGUCAAAAGGCCAAAACUUGCAACAAAAGAAGAAGGCUAAAGGUCAAAAAUCUUGGAUGAAUGAAAAAUGGAGCAACAACUCUUCUUAGAUCCCGAAGAAAAGAAAAUUUAAAGUUUGACCUGAGGGUGCCAAGCCAUGUUGUUACCUAAAUCAAAAGGGUUUAUUAAGUCGUAGAGCUGAGCUUGAGCCUGUCCUUUGUCAUUUUCAGCUCUUGUUUGUUAGCUUCAGCUGUGCAUUGAGCUUAAUGCUAUCAUUAGCAUGUAAUGUUGAGACUUAAAGGGUAAUUCUGGUCUAUUGUUGCUUGCUUCUUUAUUUUUGGCCAUCAUUUUAUCCGUUAUGAUAACAUUGUCCUCUCCAAAGUAACUGCUGAGAUCUGGGAAAACGGUGACAUAGCUUAAGUCAGACGUGGCAAGAAACAGGAGCAGUCAGUCAGUCAGAUUAUUGAUGAAAUUGUUGUUUAUACACUUUUUGUAGGGACUAAACAAAUAAGAUGUAACAUGUUAAAUUAGUGAGCUUUAGAGGUGCUGGGAGGCAGAUUUUGUUACCUUUUGACAGAGCCAGACUAGCUGUUUCCCGUCUUUAUGCUAAGCUAAGCUAACCGGCUGCUGGCUGUAGCUUCAUGUUUACCAAACAGAGCGUGAGACAGAGAGUGGUAUCAAUCUUCUCAUCUAACUCUUGGCAAGAAUGUGAAAAAGCUAAUUUCUUCAAAUGAAGAAAACACUUUAUUUGGAGGUAAAACUGAAACACGUGAAAUGUCGGUAAUAAUCCCAUUGCACUGGAAAACGGUGUACACACACAACUGAAGGUAAGGAGAUGAUUUGACUAACCUGAGGGUUUGUUUAAAACUUGAUCUUCCGACUGCUUGAGUUUCUUGCCCCUCCAAAACUUCUUUUUAGUGAUGUUAAAAAGAUACAACUCUAAACUGCUCCUGUUUAAUGUAGCCUGUUCUGCUUUUCCUCACAUUCUCAUACAUCUCCGGUGUCUUCUCUAUUCUCUUAUCACCCCUACAUGCUCCAGUUUGGAUUCAGUACAUGGCACUGUUACAAUAAAUAGAUGAAGUAAUCAACACAGAAAUGCAGAAGGAACAAAUCAUCAUUUUUCAGCAUAAUGAGGCAAAAAACAUUAGGGGGAUUUUGAUGGUGUUAUAGAAUCCAGAUUCCAUGUCUGAAGUUUUAUCUUGUCAGUGUUAAGUAUUAUCUUUUCUCUGAAGUAUAUCAUAAUGACUGAGCACUUUGCAGUUUUAUUUCUGCUGUUUGCAUUUCAUCAUAUGAUAAAAGGACGUUAGAGAAGAAGUUGACAUUUUUGGGAAAUGCGCUCAUUCAUUUUCUUAACGCGGGUUAAGAGAACAUUGAUACCACUCUCAUGUCUGUACGCUAAAUAUGAAGCUACCGGUUAGCUUAGCUAAUUGGAAACAGCUAGCCUGGCUCUGUCCAACAUAUUCCCCUGUAAAACCACAAACAAAGCAAGCGAGAUAUAACAAUUAAUUAGUGAGCUUUAGAAGUGCUGGUAAGCAGGUUACCCUCAGACAAAACCAGGCUAGCUGUUGUCACCAGUCUUUAUGCUAAGCUAAGCUAACUGGCUGCUGGUUCCAGUUACAUAUUUACGGUACAGACAGGAGAGUGAUAUCGAUCUUGUCAUAUAACUCUUGUCAAGAUGAACAAGCUAUUCUUUUAAAAACUCAGUAUGGACUAAUUUCAUUUCCUAAACUUAUCCAGUGAGGCCUCUGUUACAAAAUGUUCUUGUGAAAAGGUGGAUAUCACCUGUCUUUAUACAUUUAAAUGUGUGGAUUAUGAUUGUUAAUGAUGUUAGACUGCUUUUAAACAUUAUACAUUAGCAGUGUAACAAAGAGAUCCCCUUUGAGGUUUUAUUGACAAGUGACUCAUGUUGGGUCGUCUUCUAUCUUUCUGUGAAUUCAAAGCAGUUGUUACAACUGAAUGAAAGUCAUUAAGUUAAAUUCUCCCAUGUUAAAUUAAUGUAUAUGAUGAACCGUUGCUUCUGAAGCGUACAUGCUCUCUCCAGUAUCUGGAUUGUAUGUAGACAUUAAGGUUGAAGUCAAUAAAAACAGUUUUCGGUCAAAUA